GACUUCUCCCUUGGAGCUUCUGUGCCGAGAAUCCGAUGUUGGGCUCGGCUGCCUGGCUGAAAACAGCAGAUCAGCCCAUGAAAACGUCUAUUCCCAGCCAAAGGAAGGAGUCCAGCAAAAGGCAGCACCUCCUCUUUCAGGCUUGGAAGCAAGAAAGGGGGCAAGAGUUGGAGAGUGUGGAAUCUGAAAAGACAACUGAAAGGUGACAUUUAAGUUAAAGAUGGGUGGUGGAGAAAGAUUCAACAUUCCAGUUCCCCAGUCUAGAAAUACCACCAAGAACCAUCAACAACUUAAAACCAGGCAGAAGAAUAAAGACCAGAACUCGCAGAUGAAGACCUACAUGAAGAAAGAGAGAGGACAUGGGUGCAACUCGUCAUCUGGUGCAUGGCAGGCCAUGCAAAAAGGGGGAAAGAACAACGUUCAUUUCCCCAAUAACCAAAAUUGGAGUCCUACCUUAGCGAAUCGGAACCUGUUCUUCGCACCUCAAGCCAACCAGAACUACGCUGGAGCAAAAUUCAGCGAGCCGCCCUCGCCAAGCGUUCUACCUAAGCCUCCGAGCCACUGGGUACCUGUUUCUUUUAAACCUUCCGAUAAAGAGAUGAUGACGUUUCAGCUUAAAACGUUACUUAAAGUCCAGGCUUGA